UAGAGAGAAAAUCAUAGAGGAAGAAGAGAAGGGAGAAAAGGUUUUUAGAGAGGGAAUGAGGAGAAUGCGGGGAGGAUUGAUCCGGAGCUUACUCAGGGGAGGGCCUUCCGGCGCAGGGUGUACAACUGGUCAGCAGCAAACCAUGACCCAAUACUACGAUACUAGUCCAUUCUUACACACUUGUAACAAUGAUUCAUACCCAUCACUGGAAACUUCCGUCAGAAACCCACAAGGAUUCCCAAACACUACCGCAUCCAUUCACCUUAUACGGCACACCUUCUCUAUCAUUUUGCAUGGAAGCUCAGCCUACUCAGAUGAGUUUGAGUUUUGGAGUCUGUGGCUGGUUUCAGAGAGUGUCUUUUUGCACCAUAGCCUCUUUUGUUUCUUGUUCCCUGCGGUUCCUUUCACAAUCAAUUAUUUGGGUAUGGAUUAGCUACCUUUCUCUUUGCUCUUUUUAUGUCUACUUAUGUCUUAGAUUAGUGUGUUAUAAUUAUCUUGUGCCUUUGCUUAUGUUGUGAUUCUUUGAUGUUGUGUGUGUUGUUUUGUGUCCUAAGAUGGAGUUUCCUUUCACCAUCUAGGGGUUUGGUGUUUGGAUUUGUUUGGUUUAAGUCUCAAUGACACGAUUUUGUUGCCUAGGAAUUUAGUUUUUAUAAUUUUUGGAAACUCAUUUAUUUUUAUUCUGUUCUCUUUUAUCUUUUAUGUUCUGUUUGAUUGGAGAUUGGUUUUCCAUGUUGUAUUCUUUUGUGAUGUUUACCCAGGAUACCUUGUGUUUAAGAGAAAUGAAGUCCUUUGAUGUGG